CGCAGGCUUCAUGCGAUGAAACAUGGCACGAGGAGCGGCACUCAGGAAGAUGCACCGCUUUGUUACGCGGGGGUUUCAUACUUGACCUACCCUGUCACCUGCAGCUCGCAGGCGAAACAUAUCUUUUUUCAUCAUCAAAGAGAACAUGGUUUCUUUGUUUCGUCGUUGGUUUCAUACAAAUCAGAACAGCAUUGCCAACAUGCUGAAGGACCAACCACUACAAGAGAAUUCGGCAGAAUCUCGAGAAGCAUUUCAUGUUUUGGUAUGUGUGCUGUAGUUGGUGAACUGGUGAGGGCGGGAAGGUGUGAUGGGAACAGAGCUUGUGGCAUGAGUACUCCAUGUGUGGAAGGUUUUUGAAAUCCUUUGGCUCAAGCGUGGCUCCACUGCUCAAACAAUGCGGGCAGUUGGCGGGUCACAUACGUUUUAUUCGAUCUUGAUGCAGUUGGCCGUGUGGGAACAGAGUUUGCUGUUCUUGUGCUUAGCACGAUGUUCACACCUUGUUGCUGCAAGCCACGAAGUGGCCGAUGUUUGCCUGCAAAGCACGGGAACGGCGCCUGGCAAGUCAUGUGAAAGGCCCAAGACGAAAAAAAACCUUUUCCAAGGGCCCUUUGAUGAUCCAAAUGGCAAGGCUGCCGGUCGUGAAGGCUCAUGCUGACUCACUUCACUUAUUUCAAGACAUUGACACCGAUGACAUGGAUGUUUUCUUAGAUUCCAUGGAACUCUUGGAUUUGGUCAAUGAAUAUCGACAUCAGAAGGGCUUGCAACGCAUUGAGAUCUCUCCAGCCUUGAUGGCUGUGUCCUUUGCACAUGUGAAGGACUUGAGUGAGAAUACCAGAAUCCCGAACUGCAACAUGCAUUCUUGGUCCAACCAACAACCUGAGUGGUGGGCUGGAUGCUGCUACACUGCCGAUCAUGCAAAAGCUGAUUGUAUGUGGAGCAAAGGCAAAGAAAUCACCUCGUGCUGGGGACACACUAAGUAUGCUGGCCACAUUUACGAGAACGCUUAUAGUGGCCCCUUAUCUCCGGAAUCUGCCUUUCUGGCUUGGAAGGGGAGCGCUCCCCAUCAUGCAGUCAUGCUCAAUAGCGGCAUUUGGGCGAGAUUCAAUCCGUGGCCAGCCAUGGGAGCCGCGAUCGGUCCAGGUGGUUAUGCCGUGUUGAUCUUCGGAGACAGGAAGGACAAGUCUGGUGCCUUCAAUAUCUCCAAAAGCUACAUGCACUGUGGCCCAGAAGAGUAUCGACCAAUCUUCAGUCAGUCAAGGACAUCUGUAACAACUACAGAGUCGACGACGAUGACGUCCACCAUCACUGAGACGACCCGUGCCACGUCAACGUCCACGAGCAGGUCCCUCUUCCGCGCGGCCGACGGAGGGCUGAACCGAGCCUGUCGGAACUAUGCGGGACACAACUCUGAGAGCUUCUACCGGGUUCAGGGGGACGUUGAGUCCCUCGAUGGCUGCCAACAAGAGUGCUCCAAGUUCUCCGGAUGCACUGGCGUGGAGUACUCGCAAGGCCGUUGCGAGAUUUGGACGACUCCCAUUGGAGCAACCAAGGAGCUUUCGGGUUUCUCCUGCUACCGAUACAAUUUGCCCUCUUUGCAAGCGGUGGAUGGCGGCGCGGACCGCGCGUGUCGUGGGGCCAAUGAAACCGACAAUUCGCCCUCCUACUACAGGAAGUACAGUGGUCCGACUUCAUUGGACGCCUGCCGAGCACUUUGUGCCACAGAAGAUGGGUGCAAAGGCAUCGAGUUCUCGGCUGGUCGCUGUGAAGUGUGGCUUCGUGCGGGUGGCAUUGGAGCCAGCAAAGCUUUGGCGGGCUUCACCUGCAUGCGAAUGCCAUGAAUGCGAGCAGCUGAGUAGCGGCCGGGCCCGGUGUGAAAGGUCUCCAUUCAGAAUCACAUCAGGGCAUGAAGGCCAAGAUUGAGCUUUUCCGGGCUUUGGUCACUGCUCACUGUGCUUCUACAGACCAUUUUUGGAAAGAAGGUUUGUAUACAGAGGUUUCCUUCCCUUCCCUGAAUUCGUCAGCACACUCAUCGCUCGAGAGACG